GGACCACGAGUCGGGCAACAUCCUGGACAACCUGCUGUCGCGCAUGGAGCAGUACGCCAACAACCUCGAGUUCCUGGUGGACGAGAGGACCAGCGACUACCUCGAGGAGAAGCGCAAGUGCGAGGAGCUGCUCUACCAGCUGCUACCAAAGUCGGUGGCCAGCCAGCUCAUCUCGGGCCAGUCCGUGAUGGCCGAGACCUACGACAGCGUGACCAUCUACUUCAGCGACAUCGUCGGCUUCACCUCGCUGUCGGCUGACUCGACGCCCCUCCAAGUCGUCGACCUGCUCAACGACCUGUACACGUGUUUCGACUCCAUCAUCGAGAACUUCGACGUGUACAAGGUCGAGACGAUCGGCGACGCCUACAUGGUGGUGUCCGGGCUGCCCGUGCGGAACGGCCUGCAGCACGCCCGGGAGGUGGCGCGCAUGGCGCUGGCGCUGCUGUACGCCGUCAGGGACUUCAAGAUCCGCCACCGGCCGGGCCUGAGCCUCCGCCUGCGCAUCGGCCUGCACAGCGGGCCGUGCGUCGCCGGGGUGGUGGGGCUGAAGAUGCCCAGGUACUGCCUGUUUGGCGACACGGUCAACACGGCGUCCCGGAUGGAGAGCAACGGCGAAGCGCUCAGGAUCCACGUGAGCCAGGCCACCAAGACCAUCCUGGACGCCUUCGAGACGUUCGAGCUGGAGUGCCGCGGCGAGGUGGAGAUGAAGGGCAAGGGCCGGCAGGUGACGUACUGGCUGCUGGGGGAGAGGAAACCCCCGUCCUCGGCGACGGCCGCCCCCGCGGUCUCCGCCGCC